UUCCGCCUUGGCUGAGCGGCGCACACAAUCGAGAGGGGAGGGGAGGGAAGCCGAGAAGAAGAGUGAAGCCACCGAGACGCAGUGGGGCACAGCACGGACUCCAAGCAAAUUACAUUACCGACGCACCAAUAUCCAGGCAGCCCGUCUCCAAAUUUACACGUCAACAAGCGACUUGUGCCGUGGCGCGCCAGAGCCUUUCAGCAUGGAGACUGCGCUAAAAAACAAGCACUAAGAUGUGAGAUUUACGGAGGAAAUCAGAAGAGAGAGCGAGCGAGCGAGCGAGCGAGCGUGUGUAUGUAUGUGUGUGCGAGAGAAAGUGGCUAUCCCCUUUAUCUGUUGCGGGUGAUCUCAAUUCUGUGCUCUGCAGUCUGAAAAUGAAGAAGUUCAACAUCAGGAAGGUGCUGGACGGCUUGAAAGAGGUGUCCUCCUCCACCCCGUCUGUCCAAGUGGGGCCACAGGAGAACCAUCUGAUCCAGGAGACCCUCCAGUCCGACCAUUUCCAGCUCUGCAAGACUGUCCGUCAUGGCUUCCCCUAUCAGCCAUCGUCCAUGGCUUUCGACCCCGUGCAGAAGAUACUGGCCAUUGGCACCCAGAGUGGAGCUCUCAGAUUGUUUGGUCGUCCAGGCGUGGAGUGUUACUGUCAGCACGAGAGUGGAGCAGCCGUCAUCCAUCUACAGUUUCUCAUCAAUGAGGGAGCGCUGGUGAGUGCUCUGGCUGACGACAGUGUCCACCUGUGGAACCUGAGGCAGAAGAGACCAGCCAUCCUCCACUCCCUCAAGUUCAGCAGAGAGAGAAUAACUUUCUGCCACCUGCCCUUCCAGAGUAAAUGGUUGUACAUUGGCACAGAACGAGGGAACAUCCACCUCGUCAACGUGGAGUCCUUUAUGCUCUCAGGCUACGUCAUCAUGUGGAACAAAGCCAUUGAACUGUCCUCCAAGGCUCACCCUGGACCAGUUGUCCACAUAAGUGACAACCCCAUGGAUGAGGGAAAGCUUAUAAUUGGAUUUGAGGCUGGGAUCGUGGUCCUGUGGGAUCUGAAAUCAAAGAAGGCCGACUAUCGCUACACUUACGAUGAGGCGAUCCACUCAGUUGCCUGGCAUCACGAGGGCAAGCAGUUCAUUUGCAGUCACUCAGACGGAACUCUGACCAUAUGGAACAUCAGAGGCCAGGGCAAGCCCAUACAGACAAUCACCCCACACGGAAAACAGCCCAAGGACGGGAAGAAGCCAGAGCCUUGCAAACCCAUUCUCAAAGUGGAGUACAAAACCACUAGAAUUGGGGAGCCCUUUAUAAUCCUGUCUGGUGGUCUGUCCUACGACACGGUGGGCCGGCGGCCUUGUUUGACAGUAAUGCACGGGAAAAGUACCGCGGUGCUGGAAAUGGACUAUCCUAUAGUAGACUUCCUUACACUCUGUGAGACACCAUACUCUAAUGAUUUUCAGGAACCUUACGCUGUGGUGGUCCUUUUAGAAAAGGAUUUAGUGGUGAUCGACCUUGCACAAAAUGGUUACCCUAUAUUCGAGAACCCCUAUCCUCUGACUAUCCACGAGUCUCCUGUGACCUGCUGCGAGUACUUUGCCGACUGCCCUGUGGACCUCAUACCUGCACUUUACUCUGUUGGUUCGCGGCAGAAACGACAGGGCUACAGCAAGAAGGAAUGGCCUAUUAAUGGCGGAAACUGGGGUCAAGGCACACAGAGCUACCCAGAGAUCAUCAUCACUGGGCAUGCUGAUGGAACUGUGAAGUUCUGGGAUGCUUCUGCAAUAAUGCUCCAGGUGCUCUAUAAGCUCAAAACAGCCAAGGUGUUUGACAGAAACCGGUCCAAGGAGGACAAGAGCAGCACCGAGGUGUCAGAUGAAGACCCCUUUGCCAUUCAGAUCAUGGCCUGGUGCCCUGAGAGCCGGAUGCUGUGUGUGGCCGGGGUGUCAGCCAACGUUAUCAUCUACCGCUUCAGCAAACUGGAAGUAACUACUGAGGUGGUGCAGUUAGUAGAAGUGCGAAUGCAGUACGAGCUGAACGACAUAGAGUCUCCAGACGGCGGGGGUGGAGGGGGAGAACAGACAUCAGCGCUUCCCACCCCCGGUGCCUCACCUCAGACAAGCGGCCCACCUUCACACCCCUCCACGAGCAGCAACAACUCUGACGGAGGCAACAUGCCCUGCCUCAAAGUGCGCAGUACCCCUCUGAAGCAGUCUGCAGGUUACCAGGUAGAUUUGGUGGUCCAGUUAGUGUGGGUGAGCGGAGAGCCUCCGCAGCAGAUCACAAGUCUGGCGCUCAAUUCCUCCUACGGCCUUGUGGUGUUUGGCAACAGUAACGGUCUGGCUGUGGUAGACUACGUCCAGAAGACGGUAGUGCUCAACUUGGGGACGGUCGAGCUUUAUGGCUCCAAUGACCCCUACCAGAGACAGCCCCGCUCGCCAAGAAAGUCACGGCAGCCUUCUGGAGGUCUGUGCGACAUCAACGAGGGCUCAGCCACAUCAGAGGACCGCUGCAAGUCCCCUACUUCAGCAAAGAUGUCACGGAAAUUAAGCUUGCCUACUGAGCUAAAGCCAGACUUGGUCCUCCUGUCUGUAUGCCCGCCGCGGGGUGCCAACCCAUUAGACCACAGGGACAAUUCUUUCAGCCGCUCGCGCUCCUCCAGCGUCACCAGCAUCGACAAGGAAGCACGAGAGUCCAUCAGCUCCUUCCACUUUAGUGACACCUUUGUCCGGAAGGGGGACAGCGCUUUGACACCCUGCCUGUAUGUGGGCACCACUCUGGGCACCAUGCUGUCUCUAGCUCUCACAUUGCCACCUGCUGGAGAGCAACGGCAACUGCAGCCAGUUAUCAUUUCACCUACGGGCAUUUUGGUGCGGCUGAAGGGAAGCGUCAUGCGGAUGGCUUUCCUGGACUCAACAGGUUCCAUGCUGCCCCCUCCGUUUGAGCCCUGGUUUGAGCCCAACGUUACAGCGGAUGGUGAAGAAAGAGAGAAGGUCCGCAAGCGCCGGCCUGUCUCCGUAUCCCCUUCUACCUCCCAGGACCUCAACGAGAGCCAGUAUGCUGUGGUGUGUUCCGAGAAACAGGCCAAAGUCAUUUCCCUCCCUUCCCAGACCUGCAUCUAUAAACACAGUAUCACAGAGACCUCCUUCAUCCUAAGGGCAGAUGUGGUGCAGAUGAGCCAAGGCGUGUCUCUGGCUUGUUUCUGUGCCAAUGGCCACAUCAUGACCCUCAGUGUGCCGGGACUGAGACCGCUCAUGGAUGUAAACUACCUGCCUUUGACAGACAUGCGGAUAGCAAGGACGUUCUGCUUCACCAACCUGGGUCAGGCCAUGUACCUCUGCUCCCCCACUGAGAUCCAGAGGAUUACUUACAGCCAGGACACCUGUGAAAACCUACAGGAGAUGCUGGGUGAACUUUUUACACCAGUGGAGACACCAGAGGCACCCAACAGAGGGUUCUUCAAAGGCCUCUUUGGGGGAGGAGCACAGUCGUUGGACAGGGAGGAGCUAUUUGGUGAGGUGUCAGCUGGAAAGGCAUCACGAAGUCUGGCCCAGCACAUCCCAGGCCCGGGUGGCAUUGAGGGCAUGAAGGGGGCAGCGUCUGGUAUAGUUGGAGAUCUGGCACGCGCCCGGAUAGCACUGGAUGAAAGAGGCCAGAAACUGGGCGAGCUGGAUGAGAGGACAGCUGCCAUGAUGGCCAGCGCAGACUCCUUUUCCAAACACGCCCACGAGAUGAUGCUGAAGUGCAAAGACAAAAAAUGGUACCAGUUCUGAUCAGUGACAGUGGAGGAGCAGAGCUCCAUGGACACAACUGUCACCUUCCAUUGGCCCAAUUGGACUCACCGUGACCCCCCACCCAUCCGUCUGUCCAUUCAUCCAUCCUUCCAAGCCUUCUUCACUGGGACACUUGGGAUUUUCUUCCCUAGCACAAUGUUGAAUACUGUUCUUACCUCAGUCUAAAGGGUGGAACUGAGGGGUAGAUAGGGGAGAAGGACAACCUCAAAGGGAGCAAAUAAAUGGUGUCUUUUUAUGUUUUUGUCUCUUAGUUUAUCUCUGUUCAACUUCUCCGAGGUAGCCAAUUGGCCCAAGCACCUGGAGAUUCAUCAUUCUGAUUUGUCAAAAAAACUUUUCUGUUGUCUCCACUCCGAGCCCAUCGGGGCCAGUAUUCAAACUGAUGAACAUAGCUGAAAAAAAGACAAAUACCUAAUGAAGAAACAGACUACAAACAUUCUUAAAAUAUAAAAAGAAGGAAUACGAAUCUAAAUACAUCAUUAUAUAUACAUAAAGCUAAUAAAUGUGCAACGCUGUAUCCACCUCUGAGUGACAAGUACAAAAGAAAGGAAUAACUCAUCGAAGAGACAGGAGCAGGGUGUGAAGGCUGAAGGAGGAGGCGUUGAAGUGCCAGGGGAAGUGCUGCGUCAGCGAUGCCUCCUUUAUGCAGAGAGUCACAGGGAUGAAAACAACUUAUACUGAUGUACACUGGAUAUUUCGUCAUCUCGCUCAACCUGUAGACUCUCCUCUGUAUCUUACGGACUUUCAUAUCGUUACCAACAGUGUGUGUGUGUGUGUUAAUUUCUAUUUUCUUGCCAUUCCUCUAUUUGUUAUUCGUUGGGGUUUUUGCUCUUGUCUGUAUUAUUGGAAAAUCUCUUAUUUUUCUAUUGUUGUGAAAGUGGAUGAUAUUUGAUUUGUUGAAAAAAUACAUUUUGUGGCUUUUAUCUAACAACUCAAAUUAAUUUCUCCUCACGAAAAGGGCUGGAAUCUAAAAAGGAGGGCAAGGAUAUAAAAGGCAUAUAUCGUUAACUCACUGACAUGGCAACAUCAGCUGUCUUGACUCUGAAAUUUCAAAGCAAGUGCGUAUGAACCACACACGUUUAUUGUUUAGCUAAGGAUUUCAUUUGUUGACCUGUGUGAUGUGAUGUGCCUCCCUCACCCUCUAAUGUCAUAAGCUUCCACAGUUUGGCUUAGUCUGUGAGUGUGACUGUACAAAUGCUGAUGAGAUCAGUGUUAAAUACGUCCAGCCAGAUUUGGUGGAGUUUCCAAAUUCUGGAGUCAAUCAAUAUGGAGAUUACAUACACAUGAGUAGUAAUCCUAUUUAUGUGUUUUCAUAUAUGCAGGAUAAUAGAGAUACGGAUGUAUAAUCCUUUAAAGGCAUACAUUUAAAACAUAUUUCAGGUUUUGCUGACAGUUGUCUGUAUGAGAAAGUUGUCUGUGUGAUUUAUUUGUUAAUAUUUAUUUAUUGAGGUGCAAGACAGUUGUGUUUGGUGUCAGAAACAUUCACCUUCAUUAUUAUCUCAUUUCUAUUUCCAUAUUUGCAGUGAAGCUCAAAUGUGGUGUAUCUCUGUCUACCAAGCUUUUAAUCUUUAUUUGUAUAUAAGUAAAUAGUUUGACAAUCUAAGACCAACUGGAAAGUAAAUGUCGAGGUUGCUCAAGCAACAGAAGAGGAGAGAGGCCAUAUUUUUUCUGACGCCAAAGAGUUGCUUUAGCUUUUCCAUUGCAUUAUCGUUUGGCUCGUCACACUAUCAGACAGUAUACGGUAAUAUGUGUAAUACAAUAUAACUUCACCCAUGGAGUGCAGACCCGGGAUCAGGUCCAUUUGGGAAUGUGGUCAUCUUCAGGGUUCAAGAAAUGGAGCAAGUUGCAAUGGAACUCAGCCAUUUAUAGUAGUAUUGUUUCACAUUAUGUCAUAAAACUGUAACCUUUGGACUAAUGUUUAAUGUUUGAAGUGGCCUAACUGUUGGUUGAUAAGGCUGUUUCCUGAACCAUUCCACUACAGCUGAAACACAACAAUAUUUUGUGUGUGUGUGUGUGUGUGUGUGUGUGUGUGUGUGUGUGUGUGUGUGUGUGUGUGUGUCAGGGUGUGCUCAUGUAAAUUAAGGGAUAUCAUUUAAAUUCUUGGUUGUUUAAUAAUUGAUGUUUAUGUCCUAGUCUCACCAGUCAGCAGACUGUGUCCAGUUGAGUGUCUGUUACACUAACUAAAGCCACCAAUGACGAUAAAAUAAGAUAAGAUAAUGUACAAUAGAGGAUGAUCUCUAAACUAUGGUUUAAUUUCACUGGUGCAUGUCUGGGCCCAUGCUUCGACUCUGCUUCACUUCAGUCUUUGCCUUUCUCUCUUCCUCAGUAAGUGUACCACUGACUCUCUUGGUUCCACAGCGACAGAUAUGGCCUUCUCUGUGUUUAGUCAGAAUUGUAGUGUGGAUGUUGGUAGGUAGCUCUGUCUUUAACCCCCAAAGUGAAGAAUAGGAAGAAAAAAAACAACUUCAGGAAAAAUAACUAGUUUUAGCUAGAAGUCAUCCCUGAAAACCUGUUCAAUGUCUUUCCCUCCGACCCAACUGUUAUUUAUGUGUUUCAGGUUUUUUUCUUUUUCAAUGUUAUACUUGUUUUUUCAUCUUUGUGUGAUUUGUUUCUUGUCCAUACACUACAGUAUGCAGUAUUCUUACCCGAUACAAUCCACACACUCAAGCAACAAGAGGGAGUCCUGUCUAUCUGCCAUAUGCCAUCUUCUGUCCUGGAUUCAACAGCUAUCAGUGGGUUGCAGUAUUUUUCUCAUUGUAGCCAAUUUUCUUGUACAGUUUUAUGCAACUUUCACAUGGAUGUUUAUGACUUUAUCUGCUGCCACACAAAUUUAGAAAUUAUGUAGAUAGAGAUUACUGUGCAAUGGAAAAUAAAAGUUUAAAAUGUU